AUGGUGAGACUUGCAAUGUAUGAAAAGAAUGCGAAAGCCCAAGCCAUCUUCGAAUCCGAUGAAAUCGACGAGUUGGAAGACCUAAUCACCGACUUUAUGUCCGAUUCCAACGACACACGCUCCGACGCCAAGUCGAUUUUCGAAAUCUGCACAUAUAAAGCCAACCUACAUCUCUUCGCUAACAAGCUUUAUCGCGUGCUCUCCUCCUCCCACCUAGAUCUCAACUCAUGUACCAUUUCCGCCAUUCUCCUUCGCAAGACGCUCAUCAAUAAAUUUUACGUGCCCUUCCUCCUUUUUCCUCCUGAAACUCAAUCGACUCUAAAACGCGAUCUCUUGAAAUUAAUUGACACAUCCGUUGACACACCUACAAGACCAAUCAAUAAAGAACUCUGCCACACUGUAUCAGCGCUUGCAGAUUCUCUUUUACCUGAAAAAAAAUGGCCCGAAUUCUUACCCUUUUUAUUUCAACUUGUAAAAUCUGAUAAAAAGAGGGCGUUGUUGAUUGGUGCUCAUUUAGCAGAGGGACUGAAGGAGUUGCAUUCAGUUACCUUGAAUAAGGAGUUGCAUUCAGGUUUAUUGCAGUGUUUGAAAACAACAACAGAGGGGGAGGAUGUGCGUAUCACGGUGUUGGAGGCCGCAAUUAAUUUCAUUCUACGUUUAGAACAAAAAGAUUUGGUCAAUUUUCAGGAUAUGUUGACAGCGAUGAUGUCUACGUUGAAGGCGUUGUAUAGUGGGAAUGAAACGAUAAAUUUGGCAGGAAUGAAGCGGACGUUUGUUAGGAAACAAAUUGUGGAGAUGGUGAAGACAAUAUUGCUGAUGGUCGAUGAUCAUAGUUUGGAGAAAGAGACGAGGCGUUUGGCCAUUGAAUUCGUUUUGACAUUGGUCCAGUUCGUUUUAACAUUGGCGGAGGUUGAGAGAACGACUCCCAGGCAGCUGAAGAAAUUAAUAUGGAGGAGAUGUGGGACGAUAAUGAGGAGACGGAUAAAUAUGGGUCUUGGCAGGG